AUGGAGGCAGCAACGCGCACGCACUUUCUUCAUCACACUGAGCAAGUCCACGGAAUAGACAAGGACGCCUGUCACUUCUGCCAACUUCGAGCCUUUCCUUCCCACCGCACACUUCCCAUCACUAUUGUCAAUACCCUUAACAAUGAAGCGUUGCCGCAGAACUUCCGUUUCAUCCAACGGAUGAAAUUCGGCCCAGGCGUUGAAGCAGCUUCCCCGGCCUUUCUUUCUGGUUGUGACUGCAAUGUUGACAGUAAUUGCCAAUACGAACGCUGCCAGUGUAUGGGUGAAAUCGAAAUUCCCGAAGCAAAGGACGACAGACAGCCAGAGCUGAACGCGUAUCAUAUGGAAGGCGACAAGGCCGGUCUUCUACGGUCAUCUAUGCUAGAUUCAACCAGGCCGUUGUACGAAUGCCAUGCGUCUUGCAGGUGUACUAACUCGUGCCCGAAUCGAGUUGUAGAGAGAGGUCGUACGGUACCUAUACAAAUCUUCCGAACGAAAGACCGUGGAUGGGGUGUCCGGUGCCCCGAGGCUAUCAGGAAGGGGCAAUUUGUCGAUUGCUACCUGGGCGAAAUCAUUACCUGGCGAGAAUCUGACCAGAGGCGCCAGGCAUCAUCUAUUGCGGAACGGAAAGACCUCUAUCUGUUUGCCCUGGAUAAAUUUGAAGACCCUACUUCACAUGAUCUUCGACUGAGGGAACGAUCUUUUGAGGUCGACGGAGAAUUCAUGUCCGGACCGACACGGUUUAUCAACCACUCUUGUGAUCCCAAUUUACGUAUCUUCGCGCGUGUCGGAGAUCACGCAAACAAACACAUCCAUGAUCUAGCACUUUUUGCGGUCCGAGAUAUAGCACGCGGAGAGGAGCUUACUUUCGAUUAUGUGGCCGGAGUUGACGAUCAUGAGAGCAACCACGACACCAUUAACAUGGAGCUAUGCCUUUGCGGCAGCAGUAACUGCCGAGGAUAUCUCUGGUGA